AUGCGACGGAGUUUGAAAUCGAGUUCAAGUGACAAUGACAUCUUCUUCAUGCUUUUAAUAGGACACCGACUAUACUCAAGCCCAAUGCAACCCUCACAUAGUACAGUUGAAAGUGAAGCUAAUGACUAUGAAGAUGAUGACGAUGAACCUGAUGAAUGGGAUCAAAGGAUCAUGAAGACAGGAUGUCAUGAAGAAAACUUAACAUUGCAACUUUGUCAUGCUGAUACUGGAGAUUGGAGACAAUGUAUUAAGGAAAUGGAUGCAUUUAGAAAGUGUUGGGCCGAACAUAAUAAUAACGAAAGAACACUGACUGUGGAUAAUCCUGAUACCUAG